CACACCACCCAACCGAUCUCUCUCUCUCUCUCUCUCUCUCUCUCUCUCUCUCUCUCUCUCUCUCUCGAGACUUUUCAAAAUUCCCCAAUCAUCACAUUGAACAAAUUCGAUUGAUUCACCAAAUCAGAUUCCAGAAUCAUCAUCUUUCGUUUCAGUCUGAUUUUGUAUUGAAUCAUCAAUUUGUAGGGUUAAGCUUCGAAAUCGCUUGGUCUUCUCAAUUGGGAUUCUCCCAAUUUCGAAACUUUUUCCUAGAAUCGAGGUGGUUCUGGGUCUCCGGGAUUGCCCCUUUUUGUGAAGUUCCGGAAAUGGCGGCGGAGGAUAAAAACGGCGGACGUGUGGGUGACGAGAGUGAGUACUCGUCGGAGGACGAAGGAACGGAGGAUUACAGGAAAGGAGGGUACCAUGCGGUGAGAGUUGGUGAUACUUUUAAGAAUGGAGUUUAUGUGAUUCAGAGUAAGCUUGGUUGGGGUCAUUUCUCUACUGUUUGGCUUGCUUGGGACACUCAUGGUUCGCGUUAUGUAGCUUUGAAAGUCCAGAAGAGCGCUCAGCACUACACAGAGGCAGCCAUGGAUGAGAUCAAGAUCUUGAAACAGAUUGCUGAAAGUGACCCUGGUGAUAAGAAAUGUGUUGUAAAGCUACUGGAUCAUUUCAAGCAUUCGGGUCCUAAUGGGAAACAUGUUUGUAUGGUCUUUGAGUACUUGGGAGAUAACUUGUUGUCCGUUAUCAAGUACAGUGAUUACCGAGGGGUCCCUCUCCACAAGGUUAAAGAGCUCUGUUUUCAUAUUUUGGUUGGGUUGGAUUACCUUCACCGUGAGCUCUCUAUAAUUCAUACUGAUUUAAAGCCGGAGAAUGUUUUACUGUUGUCCACUAUUGAUCCAUCAAGAGAUGCUAGGAGAUCAGGUGUUCCACUUGUUCAGCCAUCCACCAAGGAAAAAGUUGUUUCUGAGUCAGCUGCUAAACGUGAAACUAAGAGUUAUACAUACGAUGGCGAUUUGACAAAGAAUCAGAAAAAGAAGAUCCGUAAGAAGGCUAAGAAGGUGGUAGUUCAGGGUUGUGGUGGAGAGGAAGCUUCAGAAGAACAUGAAAGAAUUUCUAACUCAGAAGCAAGAACAAAUGGCAAUUCCACAGAGGAGAGGUCAGAAGGAAGUUCCACAAGAUUAAUGGAAGAUGAAGAAGCCAGAGAGAAGGCUAACAAAAAGAAUAGUCAGGGUAAUAGGAGAGGAAGCCGAUCCACGAGGCAUAAAUUACUGAGUGAUAUAGAGUGCAAAUGCAAAUUAGUAGAUUUUGGGAAUGCUUGUUGGACGUAUAAACAGUUCACAAGCGAUAUUCAGACAAGACAGUACCGAUGUCCAGAGGUUGUUCUUGGAUCAAAAUACUCAACCUCAGCAGAUAUGUGGUCCUUUGCUUGUAUUUGUUUGGAGCUGGCCACUGGAGAUGUCCUAUUUGAUCCUCACAGUGGUGAAAACUAUGACCGGGAUGAGGAUCACCUGGCAUUGAUGAUGGAGCUUCUCGGGAUGAUGCCACGAAAGAUUGCAUUAGGCGGUCGAUACUCGCGGGAUUACUUCAACCGACUAGGUGAACUAAGGCACAUCCGGCGGUUGCGGUUUUGGCCAAUCAGCAAAGUCUUAAAGGAGAAGUAUGAUUUCAGCGAGCAGGACGCAAAAGCCAUGGCAGAUUUCUUAAUCCCGAUUCUUGAAUUUGUGCCUGAGAAGAGACCGACAGCCGCCCAAUGCCUAACACACCCAUGGUUCAGUCCAGGCCCAAGAUUACUGGAACCGGCAAUGAAACCGCAAGCACCAAAAGGAGAAGAAGAAGAAGCAGUAACUGAGAACAGAGAAAAGGAAAAGGACGAAAGGGAAGCUAUGGAGGCUGGUGUAGGUAAUAUCGCCAUUGAUGGCUCUGAACAGAAGGGGACAACAAGAGAAGGACGUCAAUGUGGUCGGGAUAUUCGCACAUUAAAAUGAUAAAACUGCCCCCAAAGUUAUUUGUUCGGCUUGUCUUGGGUUUCUUGUUUGACAUUUGGCUUUUUUCCGAAUAGAAGAUUUAGACUUGUGUGUUUUGUUUUGCUGGUUGAGGGGAAGCUUCAAAAUUUUGUUGCUCAGAACAGUUAACGUUUGAAUGUGGUGAGUAUAUGGGGACACAAAUUGUGGGUUCAUUGAGGAUCCACGCAGUUUGCUAA